UAUUCCCGUCUUCAACUGACAUCUGACUGGUCAGGUCCCAAUUGCUUCCAAGACGGAUCAGCAAGGUUUUCCUUCCUUUUUUUUUUAUUUUUUUCCCCUUUUGCCCCCAAAAGCCUUAACAGGCUUAACACCACACACUCCCUCCCAUAGACACACAAAUGUACACGCACACACGCUCGCACACACCCUCUUGCGCACAUGUUGAUUUAUGGAAGCAAUUAUGAUUCUGUCGCAGUCUUGAUUCUGAGCUAGAAAAGUUUGUAGCUACAGUAGAGCGUCUCAUGUUGCAAAAGGCAGACAACAGAAAUGGAAUACUUGUGCGCUCAGCUGUUAUCAACAAGAGCAACACGCGCACUGAACGCAAGUAGCAAAGGAGGUCACACCAACCUGGCGUAUGGCUACCUGUUUCUUUAACGGAUAUUCUGGCUGAAAAAAAAAGUUACCUGUAUAUUACAAGCCACCAGGACUGGAGUUCUCACAGGCUAAAUCACUUUACCAUUCAAGGGGAAGACAAGAGGGCAGGUCGGCAAUCUACAGAAGACGGAUUUUUUUUUCAUUAUGUUGUUCGAGCGCACCCAGAACACUGCACUAUAAUGCACAAAUGGAUGUUGACAUGGAUCCUGCCAGUCUUGCUCUACAGAUCAUACUUUUACCUUAUCUUCCUUGUGAGCAACGUAUCCUUAGCUUGCAAUGAGAUGACUCCAGAGCAAAUGGCUGCAUCUGCAAACUGUUCCUCCCCAGAACGACAUACCAGAAGUUACGAUUAUAUGGAAGGGGGCAAUGUCAGGGUGAGGAGACUUUUCUGUCGGACUCAGUGGUAUAUCAAGAUUGAUAAGAGAGGGAAAAUAAAAGGAGUGCUCGAGCAGAACAACAACUACAGUAUUCUUGAAAUAAGGACAGUGGCGGUUGGAAUCGUGGCAAUCAAAGGAGUGGCAAGUGAAUACUUUUUAGCCAUGAAUAAGUCUGGGAAGCUGUAUGGAAAGAAAGUGUGCAAUGAAGACUGCAACUUCGUAGAACUGAUCCAAGAAAACCAUUACAACACGUAUGCUUCAGCAAACUGGACCCACAAAGGAAAGGAGAUGUAUAUUGCAUUGAAACAGAAUGGUGCCCCUAAAAGAGGCCAAAAGACAAGUAAAGAAGACAUAUCUUCCCACUUCCUUCCACUCGCUUUAUCCUGAUCACAUGCUAUGGAUGGAGAACCCGUUCCAGCAAACCAUUCUAAUCUGAAAAAGGCACUGUUGGAAAGUACGAGGAAGAAAAGCUGGAAUACUACUGAAAACUGAACAAGCUGGACUUGCGCAUUUAUGUUUAUUUUUAAGAGACUUUUUAAAAAAAUGAAGAUAUACGCUACAUAAGAUUUAGUAACUAAAAGUUGUAAAAAAUUGUAAAGAGUUGUACAAUCCUUAUGUUAGUCUUAAGAGUAGCUUUGCAGAUCCUUAAGUUAAAACUACCCUCGGACGUUAAGUCAUGACUUGAUUAUCUGAUGAUAUUUUAUUUAAAACAAACUUAUCUGCUUCAUGAAACAUGGCUGCUAUAAUAAUGAUAAAGCAGAUGAAAAUGUUAUGUAAAAUAUGUUGGACUUGAUGGCUGCUGGAAUGAGUCUUCAGAUGACCAAGUUAGUACUAAUCGUGGUGGCUAAGCAGUAUUAGAUACUUCCCAGGAAAAAAAAAUGCACAAGUAUUAAAAGAACCUUAAAUUGGAUUACUGUGGUAUUCAGAUGAUAAAGCUCGUAUGGAAGGUGAAUGAAGGUGGCACCACUGCAGUGUAUUCCUAUGUAUUAGUAAGAAUGCCUAAUGCUGCUUGGAAAGAUGUUACCCAAAAAAAGUGUAUAUAAAAUAAUAUUAAUAAGGGAAAUAUACUUCAUCUCACUUUCCUCAAAAUAUCCUUAGAUAUAACGACGAAGUAAAAAUUCAGACAACAUCAUAUGGUUUUUAUGUAACAUAACCUAUCUUUUUAUAUAAUUCCCGUUAGGGCAUAUGGCUUCUGAUAUCUCCCCACCCCCCACCAUUAUUCAUGCUUUCUUCUGUUGUUACAGCAUUAAACUUUAUUUUAAGUUAUAGUUGAA